CUCCAUUUCGGAAAAAGCAGUAAAAGAGCCACAUUCAGAUAGAAUGGAGAUCAGACAGGAAGAGGAGCCAGUCAGGGGCAGGGAUAGAGGAGCUCGUUCUCCAUCCCCUGGUCCAGAGGGCACGAUCGACGAAGAAGAACUUUGGAUUAGAGAGAUGAUCCGCCUAUGCUAUGAGGAUGGAAUCCUCCCGUCGAAUAUAGAUCCAGGAGAAAUGUCGAUAGAGGGGAGGGAAGCACGGUUCAAGGUUAACAUCAACAUCGAUCAAGCCAAGGUAACAUGGUUGAAGCUACACACGGUGACGUUCAUAUUCAGAGACGGCACAAGAUUUCUACCACGCAAGAUCAAGGAUGAUAUUGUCCGAGCCUAUGAAGAUCGGAGAACCAGCGAUGGAACGUUUGAUCCCAAUGUAUUCCAGAGGGGAAGAGUGAAGAUCGAAAGUCCCAAUGUCAUUUCAUACGUGGCAAAAAGUACGGAGGUGGUGGAAUGGCUGAUCAACAAAGGCAGUGACAACAUCACACUAGCCAACUACUCCUACUCUCUCGAUUUCAAGCCCUGGCUUACCAAAGCCCAACUGAGAGCUCAGAGAAGGGAAGAAGACGAAGCAACGUUUUGGGUGAUUGCGGUGCAAGUCCCGUUAGAUGCCAUGAUCUACCUCGAAAGCCAUGUGAGAAGAGCUAUUGGCCCAAUGAUUCUUACUCAUCCGGCAGAGCCUGAUCAGAUGAAACCUUCCCUGAUCAACAUCAAGUUUGAUCUGGAUCUCGCGAGCAGGGAGAAUAUGAAGGACAAGAUCUGGAUCGAUACUUUUGAGGGAGACUCAUUUGAAGUGAAGCUGGCUUCCUCUGACACACCACGAUGUCGUCAGUGCAGAGCUUUCUUUCAUCUCGAGUGUGAGUGUCGAAGAGGUAAUCAACAACGUGGUCAAGAAUCUGCCGCUGGUGUCCAAGCCUCAGGAGUUAAUGCAGGAAAGCAAGCACAAUCUUCUGCUCCUCGCUAUAAUGGCCCACUCGGCCCUCGUCCUCAGUCACCAGUGAUCCAAGCUGGAGGAAUUCAGCAGCAGCAAGGUGGUGUCCCCUCCUUCAACAACAUAAGAUUCAACCCGCUAGCAUCUCCAGGAAUCGGUUCUGGUCAGGGAGUUUUUCCCACUCCAGUGAUCGACCCUAACGGUGCAAACUGGAGUCAUAUACCUCCGUACUACUGGAAUGGUCACCCUGCUUACAUGCAGCACAUGAUGGCAACCGGAUCUGCAUUCCAGCCGUUCGCCAUUCAACAGACACCAAGAACCAUCACCAAGGGUCAGGCCAGCAGACGGCGGUACAGGCAUCCAGGUCACUCAUCUUCCUCCUCCGCAAGGCACAGCCGUCACGCAUCAGCCAGCUGUCACUCCUGCCUUAGGCCAAAUGCAGCCCUCCAACUCUCAAACGACUCCUGCAGCUAACGUGCCACUAUCCGGUCACCCGUCACCAUCAGCAGAGGCUGUAAACAGAGCCAGGAAUUCAGCUCAGGGCAAACAAAGAUGGCUUAGUUUC